AUUAGAGGGGAGGAGCAAGUGAAACGAGCAUUCAUGAUCCCUGCAUUUAUGACAACGUAAAGGCAUACUUAACGAAGCCAGAUGUACACAAAGCUUUGCAUGUCGCUCCUUUGCCAUUUCAUUGGGAUACAGAAUGCACGGGGCUUGCUAAUCAACGGACACCGCAGUUUGAGAUUAAUAUCAUUCCUACAUUGUCAUUACUUCUACGCCGUCAUCUCCCAGUAUUGCUCUACAGUGGUGAUCAAGAUCUAAUGGUACCUGUGGCGCAGACUAGGAAGAUUGCGUACAUGCUGGCUAGAGAUUUGAAGCUCACCACGUUGCAUAAGAAUGGACCUUGGUAUGAUGGUCAUCAGAUUGUCACGAUGGCGGAGCAAAGAUCGCAGCAAUGAAAACGAAGAAGAUGAUUGUGAUCAUGAAAAAAGGAAUUACCAUUGCGCAAGGGGAGAAAAACGAUGCAGGAAUACCUUAGGAAAUAAUUCUGGAGAAACACAUAAGGAAAGAAUCGUGCAGCGAGAUUUUAGGAACCGUUUGAACGGAUGGGUGAUGUAGAAACUGAAAUGACAUGGAGUUUUUGGCGACCAGUUAACUUGUAUUUUCCGGACCAGUUAACUUGCAAAAAUCAUUUGACGACCUUCCCGAUUGAGUUUUUGGCUGAAAUGUUUUGUGGAUAAACUAGACUUGAUGGAGAACAUGUCAUAAAAAUUUCAUCAAAAAAAGCCACCGGGAAGGCGGCCAAUGGUUCUAAUGAGAACACCUCUCAUCGUGAGAAGUGAGAACAAAUCAUAACCACUCAUCUUAUUAAAUGAUCGGUUGUUACGUAAUUGGUGCAUAAAUACAAUGAUGCACUUUCGCACAUCCUAAACGGCCUCUUAGAAACGGAAUUAGAGGUGUAGAAAUAAUACAGGGCAACGGUGGGAGACCACUUCCGAAAAAGUGGGUUGAAAUAAAAUAUUAAAUCAUAUAAAAUGGUUUUAGCUUAAUUUGAUAUUACUUUUUAUAUUAUAAUCCAAUUUCAUAAAAAAAAUAUCAAAUUAAAUAAUUUUUUAUUAUCUUUGAUAUGACACCAAUAUUGCAUAUGCAUUUUUUUAUUUAAAAAAGAACGUAUAGAAUAAACCACACCAAUCAUCUCCAGCUAUCGCACACACCGACACACAAUAACAUAUAUUUAACACACAACCAUCAAUAUUUAGUGCACAAAAAAAGUAGUAUCUCGCAAAAUAUUUGUAUAUAAAGCAUCAUAACAAAUAUCUAAUACACAAAAAGCAGUAUUUAAGGCACAACAAUUAAGGAUUGAUAUCUAACGCACUAGAAUUUUAUAUAGUACACAUGAACUAGUAUAUAAAGCGCAAUAUGUAUACACUUUAGAGAACCAGUAUCUAGCACAUAGAAUGGACAUAGAGAAUCACAACAAGCUAAGUAUGUCACGUACAAAAACAAGUAUCCAACAUACAACCCCGAAUACGUAAUGCACAUGAACCGGUCUCAAACACACAACCAAUUUAUGUAAUGCACUUGAACUUGUAUCUAACUCACAUUUCGUAUAUAACACAAAAGUCGAAAAAAUAUGUUUUGAAAAAUAUAACUAUGAUACGAUAAUUAACAAUUAAGGAGAGGGAUAAUUGAAUGAAUAAUGGAAUCGUACUUAGUAGAGUUUAAAUUGACCAUUUAUUAAGAAACAUUUCAAUAUAUAUCCGUGUGUUACAUUACAGUAUAUAUUUCUCAUACAGUCAUACGUGUGGACAUGCAUGCUGCAUAAUUGUGCAGAGGAGGAACACAUGUCUCUUCUGGUUCAAUUGUUUUUAAGCUUGAUGCAUGGUUGAUGUGCCCCAAAUAUGAAGACUGUCAUAUAUAUGCUUUAUUCUUUAUUUUACUCCAAUUUACUUGAACUCGAUCGGGCAGUCUAAAUAUAAUUGUGAUAUUUUAUUUCCUUAAAUGGAAAAAGUGAGAAACGGGUUCGGAAGAAAUAAAAUUAAAAAAUUAAUAUGAUAUGCAUUGUAUCAUUUCCAUCCUGUUGAGUUUAAUCCAACACGAUAUAGUAAAUAUAUGUAUAAAUGUGUAUGAACAAGCUAUUUUUACGUGGAACCCCGGAAAGGGAGAAAACCACAGGACUUUUUAGGCUAAUGUCCAAGCCCUCUCAUUCUCAUUAGGACUCUCCUCACCAUUACACAGUACAAUUUGAGCUCCCAUUAAUGGAGUAGUGAACUAGCUAGAGAGAAAAUAAGAGUUGGGGAAGAAGAAAAAGAUCCUUUACAUGGAGGGAAAACCUCCUAUAAAUAGGGAAAGGGGAAGGGGAUGCUCUCCACCCUAAUGGGCCGCAUGGGCCGGAGUGGGCCCAAAUGGCUAAAGUGGGCUGGAUGGGCCGAAAUGGGCCUAGCUGCUCGGGCUCCGUACUGAAUAAUGUCUUGGUCUCCUGAACAGUAAUAGGCUGGGAUAAUAUAUCCCAACACAAGUCCCCCAGUUUCUUGAGUAGUGAGCGUGCGAAUCUGCUCGAGAAAAUAUACUCUUGCCUGCGCUCUUCCUCUGUCUUGCUGGAAAUUGUGUCUUCGAAUAAUCAUAAUAUACGAGUGGGUGUCUGCACUCCUGAACGUAAUCUGCCGGUGAGUCACCCCCCUUCCCGACGAGGUCGAGCGAAGGGUGCUCCUCCACGGGCACCCCCCCCCCCCCCUGAAUGCAUCAGGCGGGAGUAAAGGACUCUGAGUCCAGCUUUCCAAUCGGAGAAGCUAAGAGGUCCAUGCAUCUAUAAACCGACGUCGCGGUACUGUCAAAACAUGAUGCACGUGUGUAUGUAUGAAUGUAUGAGGUAUGAUGCAUGAAUGCAUGAAUGCAUGUAAUGUAUGGGUGCAAUGUAUGUGAGAAGGAAUGUGAGAUGUGAUAGGAAGCGGUGGCUCUCAUCGAUAAACCGGGCAUGUCAGCGCCGAGAGGCAGACGUGCUGCAUAAGAUGGUCGUCGCCAUCCGAGAAGGGAUGCGCGAUCCGGAGAUGAACUCGACACGAUGGCACGACGGGGCCGAUUGUGCUGCAUAAGAUAUCCGUCCCCAUCCUGGAGGAGAUGGGCGACCCGGAGAUGAACUAGACACGAUGGCACUGAGGGGCCAAUCAUGCUGCAUAAGAGACGUUCGUCGCCAUCCUGGAAGGGAUGGGCGAGCCGAACAUGAGCCAGACACGAUGGUGCUGAGAGGCCGAUCGUGCUGCAUAAGAGACGUUCGUCACCAUCCUGGAAGGGAAUGGGCGAGCCGAACAUGAGCCAGACACGAUGGUGCUGAGAGGCCGAUCGUGCUGCAUAAGAGACGUUCGUCGCCAUCCUGGAAGGGAAUGGGCGAGCCGAACAUGAGCCAGACACGAUGGUGCUGAGAGGCCGAUCGUGCUGCAUAAGAGACGUUCGUCGCCAUCCUGGAAGGGAAUGGGCGAGCCGAACAUAAGCCAGACACGAUGGUGCUGAGAGGCCGAUCGUGCUGCAUAAAGACGUUCGUCGCCAUCCUGGAAGGGAAUGGGAGAGCCGAACCGUGAAUCUGGACACGAUGGCGCUGAGGGGCCGAUCGUGAUGCAUAAGACGUUCGUCGCCACCCUGGAAGGGAUGGACGAGCUGAACGCCGAACUGGGUACGAUGGCGCUGAGGGGCCGAUCGUACUGCAUAAGAUGGUCGUCGCCAUCCUGGAAGGGAAUGGGCGAGCCGAACCGUGAGUCUGGACACGAUGGCGCUGAGGGGCCGAUCGCGAUGCAUAAGACGUUCGUCGCCACCCUAGAAGGGAUGGACGAGCUGGACGUGAGCUGGGUACGAUGGCGCUGAGGGGCCGAUCGUACUGCAUAAGACGGUUGUCGCCAUCCUGGAGGGAAUGGGCGAGCCAAACCGUGAAUCUAGACACGAUGGCGUUGGGGGGCCGAUCGUGAUGCAUAAGACGUUCGUCGCCACCCUGGAAGGGAUGGACGAGCUGAACGUGAGCUGGGUACGAUGGCGCUGAGGGGCCGAUCGUACUGCAUAAGACGGUCGUCGCCAUCCUGGAGGGAAUGGGCGAGCCGAACCGUGAAUCUAGACACGAUGGCGCUGGGGGGUCGAUCGUGAUGCAUAAGACGUUUGUCGCCACCCUGGAAGGGAUGGACGAGCUGAACGUGAGCUGGGUACGAUGGCGCUGAGGGGCCGAUCGUACUGCAUAAGACGGUCGUCGCCAUCCUGGAGGGAAUGGGCGAGCCGAGCCGUGAAUCUAGACACGAUGGCGCUGGGGGGCCGAUCGUGAUGCAUAAGACGUUCGUCGCCAUCCUAGAAGGGAAUGGACGAGCUGAACGUGAGCUGGGUACGAUGGCGCUGAGGGGCCGAUCGUACUGCAUAAGACGAUUGUCGCCAUCCUGGAGGGAAUGGGCGAGCCGAACCGUGAAUCUAGACACGAUGGCGCUGGGGGCCCGAUCGUGAUGCAUAAGACGUUCGUCGCCACCCUGGAAGGGAUGGACGAGCUGAACGUGAGCUGGGUACGAUGGCGCUGAGGGGCCGAUCGUACUGCAUAAGACGGUUGUCGCCAUCCUGGAGGGAAUGGGCGAGCCGAACCGUGAAUCUGGACACGAUGGCGCUGAGGGGCCGAUCGUGAUACAGAAAAAUAGUGAUGAUCAUCUCAUGGCCCUCGGCCUGUCGGUGAGUGGUAAUCGUCUCGCGGCCCUCGGCCGUGCUGGUGAUGUGCCAAGUCUCUCUCCUGAUUGGUUGUGAGAAGCCGAUCGUCUGCCAGGACUCCAUCCGGGAAGGAAUGGUGAGCAUGAAAUAAUCUGGGCGAUGUCCCUCCUACCUGAUCUGGGGGGCUAAUCGUCGUUCGUCUACCGUAUCCGUGGUCCUAUGUACGGACCGCUAAGCGGUGUACACUCGGUACGCAACAGAUUCCGGUUGAGAACUGGUCCUUCGUGUCUGAUCCAUGGAGCUGGUCUUCGUUUGUCUACCGUAUCUGUGGUCCUAUGUAUGGACCGCUAAGCGGUGUACACUCGGCACGCAACAGACUCCGGUAAAGAACUGGUUCUUCGUGUAUGGCCCAUGGAGCUGGUCUUCGUUCGUGUACCGUAUCCGUGGUCCUAUGUAUGGACCGCUAAGCGGUGUACACUCGGCACGCAACAGACUCCAGUGGAGAACUGGUUCUUCGUUCUUCCCAAGUCUCGUGAGUUACUGGUCUCCUGGUUUCGCAGGAGACGUUCGUCAUCCCAACUAUGAGAAGGAACAGGUUUAUCCACGUCGGGAUUCCCUAUCUCUGUUCGUCCCCAGUCGUGAUUUACUAGUCUUCUGGCUUCGCAGAAGACGUUCGUCAUCCGUCCAUCAAGGGGGAGGAACCGGUAUACCCUGUCAGGGUUCCCGUUUCUUCGUUCGUCCCUGUCGUGAUCCUACUAGUCUUCUUCCCUCGAAGAAGACGUUCGGCAUCCACCGAUCGCAAGGAGGAACUGGUUUACCCUAUCGCGGGUUCCCUGCUUCGUCGUCCCAUGCUCGUGGCCCUACUAGCCUUCUGCUCUGGCAGAAGGUGUUCGUCGAUCCACGGGAAAUGGGAGGAACUGGUUUAUCUUGCCGAGGUUCCCUUUGGUUCGUCUAGCCCCCCCCCCCCCCCCCCCCCCCCCCACGUUCCUACUGGCCUCCGUGUCAGGAGACGUUUGUCAUCCGCGGCGAAGGAAGAUCUGGCAUACCUCGUCAAGACUCCCUCUCUCAUAGGAGCUUGUCUCCCCUUCUCCCCAUCUUUUUUUUGAGGGAGGAAAAUACGUUCGUCGGUUCUAAGAAUGACCACAAGUGAUGUCACACAUAAUGGUGGUGGGAUACCAAAACGAAUAAAAUGACGAGGCGAUGGAAUAGCUGGUCGUCAUGCGAAGGCGAUGGUCACCCUCCUGGAGGGGAGGGGUGAGUCUGAUCGCUAACUCAAGAAGGUCGGCAUUGGGAGCCGAUAAUGAUCAUAAUGUCGCUGAGCAGUCGGUCCUGAUAAGGAGAUGACAAUAGUGUCCGAUCAGGCUGAUAUAUCCGAGCAACGGCUCUCAUCUACGCAGCGCGGGGAUGAAACCGGUCUUCAAAAGAUAAACACGCCGUGCCGAGAGGCCGGUCGUGAUAUAAUGAUAUCGAUAAUGAGAGGCCGAUCUAAGAGUGAGCACACAACGGUCCUCAUCCGCGGGGAGCAGGGAUGAGGCCGGUCUUCAAAUAUGGAAAGCAAGCCGAGCCAGGAGGCCAGUCGUGAUAUAAUGAUGUCGGCAAUGAGGGGCCGAUCUGAAAUCAAGCAACGGUCCUCAUCCGCGCAGUGCGGGGACGAGGCCGGUCUUCAAAAGAUAAACACGCCGUGCCAAGAGGCCGGUCGUGAUAUAAUGAUGUCAGCAAUGAGAAGUCGAUCAAGUGUAUCCGUGCAACGGCUCCCAUCCGCGCAACGCGGGGAUGAUACCGGUCUUCAGGUGAUAAACACGCCGUACCGUGAGGUCGGUCGUGAUGUAAGGAUGGUCCCACGACCCUCGGCCGUAGUGGUCUCCUCUAGGCCACCGGCUCCUGGGGUGGAGAUGCUCGUAUCACGGCUCUCAGCCGUGAUGGUUUCCUCUUGGCCCUCGGCCUCUGGAUGAUGGAUGAUCGUCUCACGGUUCUUCGUCGUGGCAGUUCCCUCCAGACCCUCGGCCUCUAGGUGUUCUUCCUAGGUCUCUGGGGUGGAGAUGCUCGUCCCACGGUUCUCAACCAUGGCGGUCCCCUCUUUAGCUGGCCCUGAACGUCUUCAAGACUCGGGCCGAGCGUCUUUUAAUCAUUUCGCUCGAGCGCGUCGAGUGGCUUCAGCUGCGCAAUAAGCAUGAUAACGGGCCGCACGGCCCGACAGUAUAUAUACAUAGCCAUCUGUGUGGCUUUCUCUCUAACACCCACAAUUACUGGCCUAUGGGUCACUGUGACCCUCAGUCUGGCUCAUCGUGCGGGGUUACUGGACGUAGCAGCUCGCGGCGGGGCCAAUUAGCAGCCCGCCGAACGUCACAUAGAAAUAUCCACUGGUCUGUGAGUUUUCAACUCAGACCCAAGUUGGUCGCACCGCCCUCGGAAAAACGAGGUUGAGUGCUUUGCUGCCCUCGGGCCCCAUAGGCCAUGUUUGGCAAUAGUCACUUCGCGCCUAGCGGCGCGGAUGGUUCUGGGGUACGGUCGUCGAUUGGGCACGUAGUGCCGUGUGGACUAAUGCGCAACCCUCCAAUUAAAAUGCGUCGUCGGGGCAUCGCCCUUUUGGAGACGCUCAGAUCGCUUAAUCAAGCUGAUCGAGAGUGGGCCAACGGGCCCACAAGAAAUUAACUAUUCGAUAAAAUAUUGGCCGAACUAACUAUCACUAGAGCUUCGCUCCGCAUUAUUUAAUUCGGGAUAUUUUAUCCCUAAUAAAUAAUAGCUAGUGAUAUAACAGGUAAUAGUAAUGAUACUAUCCUACCAAAGACCAUUCAGUUAUGCUCCGAUCGCUAAUUCACGCCGAUUAGGAGCGGGCCGACGGGCCCACAGCAACCAAUCAUUAAUUAAAAUGACGGUGAAACUAAUUAUCACUAGAGCUUUACUCAUCUGAGCUUUGCUCGACAUUAUUUAAUUUCGGGAUAUUCCAUCCCUACUAAAUAAUGGCAAAACAAUCUAAUGGUAAUAUAAUAUCAGCAUUAUCCUAAUCAAUACUUUAAUUAGUAAAUGCUGGGGUUGAGUGAUACUUAGCUCUUUGGCAGUGUACCCGUUUGCAUGAACCAAGUGGGCAAGUGGGGCAAUUACUUUGACCAGGUUGGUCAUCCGUCCCAUUGUUACAGUACUCUUUCACAUCUGGAUAGGUUGGCAGCUUCACCCUGCGGCCAAGAAAAUUGCACGCGGCCACUUUAGCUCAUUCAAGGGGCUGCAUCUACUGACGUGAUGGUAUGGAUCGCCGUAUCAACGAACAACGGCGGCCACAACUUCAGAUUUGCAAGGGCUACCUCCGACCCUGCGCGAUGGCGAUUGCUCCUCGAGGACAGACGGUUGACAAGCAGUGGUGCCGGGAAAAAACCGGCUGCAUGCACUGAAGAACGGCGGUGCUGGAGGGACGGUAGCAUGCGGUAUUGCCAGGGACUCCCGGUUUCGACGCCGGCCUCGGGUAUAGGUAUAACUGUCCUUCCCAGGGGCUGGGCUUUUUCCUCCAUUAAUGGCGUCGAACUGACUCACCAGGUCUAUAAUGAUAUGGAAACUCUUGCUGGCCUUCCCGGUCACAACUUCCCGACGUGAAGCAAUAAAUUUCCGCCCACAGCGCACGACAGUGACUUUUUGCCGGCGGGGUUUGGAAACAGGGGUGGCGAGUUUUGGCGCUGCGCGAAUGCGCGAUGUAUGAGAGGAUGGUGACGGAAGCUCCGGGCUCUCCAUCCCAGAUUCCAUGGCUUUCUCCUGUUGCUGAAAUCCAGAACCUCUGCAUCAAAUUUCUUUUUCUUCCCAUAUCUAAGAACUUCUCAGAAUCCAUUUUUCUUCUUUUUUGCUGAAAUCAGUCCAUUUCAUAUGAUUUUUUGUAGAAAAAAUUCAAGAACGAUAGAACACACGAAUCUUUUUGGACAGAUUCCCACAGACGGCGCCAGUGUUGAGUUUAAUCCAACACGAUAUAGUAAAUAUAUGUAUAAAUGUGUAUGAACAAGCUAUUUUUACGUGGAAACCCGGAAAGGGAGAAAACCACGGGACUUUUUAGGCUAAUGUCCAAGCCCUCUCAUUCUCAUUAGGACUCUCCUCACCAUUACACAGUACAAUUUGAGCUCCC